AUGAAGACGGAAAAUCUUACAAUGAUGAGUCUUCGGAAUGAAAAUAAAAAAACUUCAACAACGUCCAAUUUAAAGAUCUUGAACAUUAAAUUAAGAAAUUGGAUGAAUUCGAGGCUCGGCAUUUCCAGUCUUAUUCUGAAGCCACAAAAUACUGCCUCGGGAUAUUUUGGCGAUCCCAAGAGUUUUAAGUUUCGCCAAGAUUAA